AUGAGUGAGGCCGCUCGACCGCCAGUACCACCGUUCACGCGCGAGACCGCAGCCCUGAAGGUGCGAGCUGCUGAAGACGCCUGGAACUCGCGCGAUCCGAAGCGGGUCGCCCUCGCCUACACUAUUGACAGCGCGUGGCGCAACCGUUCCGAGUUCAUCAGCGGACGCGCGGAAAUUGAGGAUUUCUUGACUCGUAAAUGGGCACAGGAGUCGCAAUAUCGGCUCAUCAAGGAGCUAUUUGCCUUUGACGGCAACAGGAUUGCUGUGCGGUUUGCGUACGAGUGGCUGGACGCUGAGCAACAGCAAUGGUACUGCGCGUACGGCAAUGAGAACUGGGAGUUCGACGCUCAGGGCUACAUGGCCAAGCGCUUCGCCUGCAUCAACGACGUCCCGAUCGGCGAGAAGGAUCGUCGCUUCCACUGGCCGCAGGGCCGCCGGCCUGACAACCAUCCUGGACUUAGCGAGCUCGGGCUCUAG